AUGGACGCGACUGGUACGGCGCCGGCCAAGGCCGAGAAGCAAGAUGUCGAGACAAAAGUGGCAGAUGCUCCCGCUGGCUCCACGAGUGCUGCCCCGGCGGCGCCUGUCGGCGACGUCCCGGAUCCGGAUGAGGACGACCUAGAUGACUUGGACGACAUGCUGGAUGAAUUUUCUACGGUGAAGCUGGACGCAAAACAGCCCGCCGAUGCGCCUGCCGCUGCUCCUGCUGCCGUCGCCGCUCCGGCCGCCGAGGUCGGCGCAAAGGCCGAGGGUGCCAUCAACCCCGAGGACAUGACGGAAGAAGAUUUCGCCAAGCAACUCCAGGCCGGUAUGGCCAACCUGCUCGGCGAGCUCGAGAACUCGCCAGAGAUGAAGGCCGAAUUUGAGAGCAUGUUCAAGGGCAUGGCCGCCGCCACCGAGGGCGGCGGUGCUGCUCCCGACGCGGCCGGCGGUGCCGACGGCGCGGCCCCCGCCGGCGACGAGUCCUUCCAGGACACGAUCCGGCGCACCAUGGAGCGCAUGCAGAGCUCGGGCGACCAGGCCACGGCCGCCGCGGCCUCGGGCGGCUCCGACGACUUCAUGUCGGAGCUCCUCAAGCAGAUGGCCUCGGGCGCGGGCGGCGCGGGCGGCGAGGGCGGCGAGGAGGAGUUUUCCAAGAUGCUCAUGGGCAUGAUGGAGCAGCUGACCAACAAGGAGAUCCUCUACGAGCCCAUGAAGGAGCUGCACGACAAGUUCCCCGCCUGGCUGGCGGCCAACGGCGAAAAGACGGGCGCCGAGGAGUUGAAGCGCUACGAGGACCAGCACGCGCUGGUGAAUGAGAUUGUGGCCCGGUUCGAGGCGAGCACGUACUCGGAUUCCAACGCGGCGGACAGAGAGUACAUUGUGGAGCGGAUGCAAAAGAUGCAGGAGCUGGGCUCGCCGCCGUCGGAUCUGGUGGGAGAUCUCGACACAGCACAGGAGGCCUUUGCUGGCGCUGAUGAGCAAUGUAACCCACAGUAG